CUGAACUCCAGUGAUCAAGGGAGCCAUGGAGGAGAAAGCUGCUCAGUGGGAGCAGAAGAGACCCAAGCUUCGUCUGGAAAAGCUACAGCACUGGGCAAGGCACAGGCAGAGUGGGCACCUCUUGGUGCUGGCGGUGAGUCAGCUAUGGCUGGCAGUGGGCGUGGUGCCCUUUGCUGUCUCCGUUGCCUGCCUGAACUCUGCUUGUCACAUGGCCACAGCACUGCCACUUGGGCCUGGAGCAUUGGGUCUCCUCACUGGGAUUGUCACCCUUGAGCUGCGCAGAGCACCCCGCCUCUGGAAGGUGCAGGCCAUGAUGAUACUCAACAUCUUCAGUCUGAUCUUGGGCUUUAUCGUGGUGGUGGUCGAGGUGAUGAAGACAGCCUUGGGGGCUGCCCCAGCUGCCCCUUCCCAGCUGGCUGGCUUGCUGGUGGUGGAGGUCAGCACUGAGGCCUUCACCCUAGGGGGAGUGCUGGUCUCUGCAUACUCGCUAUUCCUGCUGAGCCAGAGGAAGCCAGGAUGCUGCAGGAGCCAGAGUCUGCACUACCAGGAGCUCGAGGAGGGUCUCUCUGAGUUGGAGGAAGUUGCUGCCUUGGAGAAUGGUCCCACAGUGGCUAGCACAGCAAAUGCAACAAAUGAGUGAGCUGGCAAGCGGAGGCAGACAAGUCCUGCUCCAUAACCCGGCAGGAGCGUUCUCCAGACCCUCCUGCCCUCACUCCACAGAACU